UGUACCCCUGGCCCAACGGAGCAGUAAGCGAUGGCGGGGGACACCUCAACCGAGCUUCUUUUUCUUGACACUUUUAAACACCAGAGUGCAGAGUUGACCAACAUCGAUGUGGUGCGGUUUCCUUGCGGGGUGUUGAUCACAGAGGUGCGGGUGAUUCCUCCGGGCAUCAAAGCACACAGCAACUUACCUGACAGCAGAGCAUUCGGGGAGACGUCACCUCAUUCUUUCCAGUUGGAUUUAUUCUUCAAUAAUGUCACCAAACCCAACAAUCACGUGUUCAACAGACUGGGCAGUCUGGAAUAUGACGAGAACAAGUCCAUUGUGUUCAGACCCAGUGGAAAGGUAAACACAGACGGCUUGGUGCUGCGUGGCUGGUACACCACUCUGACUGUAGCAGUGUACGGGACAGCAGAUCGCUCACAUGGACCUGUUGCAGGCUCCCCCCCUCCUCCUCCACCUCCCCCCCCUCAACAGCAAAGCGGGCCCAAGCGGAUCAUCAAACAAGAGUGGGAAAAAGAUGAGCAGUACAAUGGCAGCCCACCCAGACCUGCACCAAGGGGACCUCGUACUCCGCCUGGUCCUCCGCCCCCAGAUGAUGAUGAUGAAGAGCAGGUCCAAGUGACGGUGGGCGCAGUCAAAGUGGAGCCAAUAGAGGGCAGAGAAGACUACCUGGAGGCCGUGUCACCUGAGAGAUCGCUGCCUGCUGACGAAGCAUACUCAGAUGCUGAACAAGAGGAAGAGGGCGAUGAGGAGGAGCCAGAGGAGGAAGAAGACGCACGGACUGAGGGGAGUGUCCCGGAAGAGGAGGAGGAAGAAGAAGAGGAAGAUGAGGGUGAGGACGAGGAGAUGGAGGAAGGUGAUGACGGCUACGAGCAGAUUUCCAGCGAUGAGGAUGAUUUGGAUAAUGGCAGUUUCAAGCUGCCCACGUUUGACAUGGACUACACUCCUGAGGACCUGGCGUCUGUCCCACCUGUCCAGUUUGACCCAUAUGAGCGAGAACUUAGACCCCUGCUCUACUUCACCCCUCCAUACAAGACUCGCUUUGAUACCCAGUUUGAGAAAGCCAUUGUGGAAGAGCCCAUGGACUCUGCUGGUACAGAAGGACCAACAGGGGAUAAUGAGGCAGACGCUGUUGCCCAGCUCAAAGAGCUGCUGACCAGUUUUGGAGAGGACAGGGAUGCCCGCUGGGUCCCUGCUCUAGAAGAGGCCCCUGCCCUACUGGCCAAAGGCCUCGCUCAUUUCAUCAAACAAGGAGAGGGCGAGCUGGAGGAACCUGUUGGAGUUUUAGCACAAUGGGCGCUCCAAGCUCUGAAUAUGGAGAUUGCUCUGAAACAACCCAUUGCUCUUAAUCUCAGACAAUUGAAAGCUGGUGCCAAGCUACUAUCACAGCUUGCAGAGUGCCCACAGGGCCUCUCGGUGCUGCUGCGUGAAGGGGCUCUCGGUGUGCUGCUGGAGCUCAUCCAAGCGGACCAUGUCUCCUCUACACUGAAGCUGAGCAUCCUGAGAGCUCUGGGGGCUCUGACCAGUAUUCCCGCUGGAGCAGAGGCUUUCCUACAUGCAGGAGAGUCGGAGAAGAGUGGCUAUCAGCGUUUAGUCCACAUGUUCCUGCGUGAAGAAACCGUGAGAGUCAUUACUGCUGGCAACGCGAUAUUACAGAAGAGCCACAUGUAUGAGGUGCUGGUCGACCUGCAGCGGGCAGCAGCGACAUUGAGUGAACCACAGCAGGAGGAGAUGGAGGACUCUGAGAUCCCCAUGGAGGAGGAGCCGUCCCUGAACUCCUCCCCUGUGAGCGAGGCUGAGCUGGAUCGGCUGGCAGGGGUUUUGGAAGAGUUGCAUCACCUGCUAGAGACGGCCCCUUACUGCAUGGUGCAGCCGCCUGUCAAAGCCUUCCCCACCAGUGCUAGAAUAACAGGGCCACAGGAGAGGGACGAUCCAUACCCGACACUGUACAGGUAUAUGUAUGCGUGCCACUUCCUGGAGAGCACGGCGGCGGUGUUGUCAGCGGCUGCAGCGGCCGGUCACCUCGGGGUCACCCAGGCUGUCCGGGAGAUCCUCCGCUUCCUGUCGCUCACACAGUCAGGACUGCUCUUCCUCCUCGCUCAGCCCACUCCCACCAACCUGCUGCUGCGUCUCCUGGCGUCAAUGGUAGAAACCGAGAGCGAGGACACCACCUUUACAGGGGGAGAGGGAGGGGUCACGGGGCCAGGGUUCGGGGAGGAGGGCUUUGGCGUGUGGCUGAUGCAGGCUCUGCACGCUCUGCAGAGUGUGUCCGAGCUCAUGAGCCAUGUGGCUGCAGGAGGAGAGGGGGGGGUUGGGCUAGAGGAAGGGGACAACCCGGAGGUCCUGGGCAUGCUUCAUGCCCUCUACCUGAUGACCUUCACUCAGACCGGCCGCAGUGCAGUGGCCCACGUCUUCAGCCUGGAGAACAACCUGUCGUGUCUGGUCACCCUGCUCCAGCACCACAGCAAGGACGGACAGGGUGAGGCCAAAGCUCGCAAAGCAGUGACCUAUAACUACGCCUGUAUGCUGGUGCUCCUCGUGGUGCAGACCUCCAACGACCUGAGGACGAUGGAACAAUAUGCCGCUCCACUGGUUGCUAUAGCCAAGGCUGACGACACCAAUGCCAAGUUACAGGAGCUUGGCAAAUGGCUGGAGCCUCUGGAUAAAAUACGCUUUGAGAUCGGCAGCAUUCCCGUCCUCAUAGAUUACAUCAAACAGAAUGUGGAACAUGUGUUGACUGCUGAGGGAACUGGCAUGGUGUCUGCUCUCAGGGUCCUGUGUCACAUCGCCUGCCCCCCGCCUGCUGUGGAGGGUCAGCAGAGGGAUCUGAAGUGGAAUCUUGCAGGGGUCCAGCUGUUCUCCGGCGAGGGUCUGGACACGUGCGUGCGUGUCCUUCAGAAGCUGUGCAGCCUGUUGCUGCAGCCGUGGCGUGUGCACGGACACAUGGGCCCCACACCGCAGCGCUGCAUGAUCAUCAGUAUCUGCAUCAGCACACUGAGACUGCUGCGCACCAUGCUGACAGAGCUCCUGCGUGGGGGAGCGUUCCAAUUCAGGGACACUCGCGUGGCCAGUGUGUUGGUGUCGCUCCACAUGAUCGUCUGCUCCAUCCCCGCAUCCGGACGUCUAGACGGAGAGGAGACUCGAGUGCAGGCGCUCAUCGUGGACGUACUGCUCACCUUCACACAGGGUGUUAAUGAAGAGGUGACUCACACAGAAGAGACUCUGGCCAGUAACACUUGGUCUCUGAUGCUGAAAGAGGUUUUGGGCUCGCUGCUGAAGGCUCCUGAAGGGCUCUUCUCUGGUUUGACGUUGCUGUCUGAGCUCCUGCCUCUUCCACUGCCAAUGCAGAGCACUCAGGUGAUAUCAGUCCAAGAUGUAGCGGUAGCCUUGAACACGAGGAAGCUGUGGAGCAUGCACAUACGGGCGCAGUGGAAAGUGUUCUCUGAGGCUCUGAGGUGUGCGUGCGCCACCAGCUGCCCCCCCCUCCUGGCCAUGCUGAGGAGGAUGUGUGUUCAGCUGGCUGACCUCUCUUCACCCACGGCAACACUCAUCAUGAAGAGCCUGCUGGAGCUGCUGCUGGAGGAGCUGCAGCCUGCUGAGGGGAAGAUAGUGUGCUGGGGCCAAGUCCUGCGGCUGCUCUCUCUGAUGGACGCCCUGGUGUCACAGAAAGCGUGUAAGAGCGCAGCGCUGCACCUGCUGUCCGGCUCUGUGUCCGGAGACGAGCAACUGGCCGAUCUGUUCCCCCCCAUGCUGGCUCUGCUGGUUCCUCCAGCGGACCGCUCCUUACCCAAGCAGCAAUGCAGCGAACUAGUGGGGACAAUAUUACAGUCACUGUGUGACCAGGACAUUUCUCUGGUGGUGUCUCCUCCUGGUGAAAGCUGCAUGUCGGAGGCUGAGCAGCUGGCCAACUCCCUUCCAGGGCGAGAGAUGAUCUCAUCGGUGUGCAACGGCUUGUUGGAGGUUCUGGGGAACGCAGAGAGCAGCGUCCCACUCCUCCUCACCUGUAUCAGGACUCUGACAUUCCUCAACGAGCACGACUACGGACUCUACCACUUCAAAGUAGCUCUGAAGAAACAUGGCGCUGGUCUUUGCUCGCUGUUGAAGAGAUUGGUGUUAGCCUUCAGCAAGGACUCGGCAGAUCUGCUCUCAGCUCUGCUCGACUUCCUCAGACAGAUCCUCCACACAGAAACAAUGUGUGUGGACGAGACACACGGGACGGGGGAGGAGUCAGCCUUCACUCCUCAGCGGCUGCUGUCGGGCUCCGAGAUGAAAGCUCUGCUGCAGUGGGAGGGGGCCGAGUCCCACCCACUCCCUACUUUAGAGAAAAGGAUUACGAAACUAUGUAAGGAGGACGAUUCCCUGGAGACCAUGUUGGAGACUGUGGUCGUUCUGAGGCAGACGCUGGAGACGGCCACUGACUCUCCACCUGCCGUCGACACUGAGCCCACUCUGCCAGCACCCGAGACCCUCGGGGCUCAGUUUAAUCACAGGACAGUGUUCAUUCUGUCCGAAGCUCUGGAUGAGCAGCUGAAGACCCUCUGGUUCUCUCCGUUCCAGACUGACGACAUCGAAGCAGACCUUGAUUUGGUGAAGGUGGAUCUGGUGGGUCUGGCUCAGGAGUGUUGUCCAGAACUGGACCUGAAGGCCGAGCUGGAGCGCUCCUUCCUGUCGGAGCCCUCCUCCCCGGGUCACUCUAAGGCUCCCAAAGGCUUCCGACUUGGCAAACACAAGCAUGAGACGUUUAUUACAAGCGGUAAGUCGGACUACAUCGAGCCGGCAAAGCGAGCGCACAUCAUGGCAGCUCCUCGCGGCCGUGGAGGUCGAGGAGGGUUCGGACAGAAUCUCAACCGCCCACACGAUAUCUUCCGCCAGCGCAAACAGAACACCUCCCGUCCUCCCAGUAUGCACGUCGAUGACUUUGUGGCGGCGGAGUUUAAAGACACUGGGACUCCUCUUGGACUUUUGCCUCCUAAACGGCCCCCCAAGAGCUCCCCAAAACCCCCCACCAGAGGACUGUUCACUGGCAACAGAGGCAGGGGCACCUUCCACAGCCAGACUCGCUUCUUCACUCCACCACAGCCCAAAGGGGUUCUGCUGUCCGGUAACUACACUCGCAGAGAAGGGGGCCGUGGUUCAUCGUGGAGCGGCCAAAUUCCAGGAGUCACCCACAGAGGAACCUACAGUGAACCCCGCGGGGGGCAGAGCAACUUCACACGGGGGCCCAUGCCCUCCAGACAACCCCCAGCAAUGUUUUUGUCUCCAGGUGCGUAUCGGCUGGCUCCACGGGACCGAGCCCAGCGGGGGAGGGGGGGCGCCGGGCUGUCGUGGCUGAGCGGAGGAGGAGGUGGAGGAGGAGGAGGGGGAGGAGGAGGAGGAGGGGGAGGCGGCAGUGCUGGAGGAGGCGGUGGGGGAGGCGGAGGAGGGAGGAGGAGGAAGAGGUUCUCAGGGGAGUAAAUUCAGUGGAGGGGGAGGUAGCGGAGGUGGGAGGGGAAGACAUGUGCGUUCCUUCACCAGGUAAAUCCACCUGGGCAAUGACUGCAGCCUUUCAUGGCAACAUAUGGACCAAUCAGGAUAUUAUAUAUACUGUCUCCAUGGAAACGUGGUGGGAUGAUGUUGUCACAAUGACGUACCGAGUUUGUGUUGAUGUUUUAUGUUUUGUUAUCAUGAGUUGUAUUUGGAGAAUAAAGGUCAUAGCAACUGA